UACAAAACUGUAGAAAAUAUUGUGAAAAGUUCAUGCAUUGAAUGCUUUGUAUUGUUCACAACAUUUGUUUUAUUAAUGAACUACACGUGUGUUUCGCAAUAGUGAUGAUAACAACAAACACUUCAAACACUAAAAUCAAAUGAUAUUUUAAGACAUUUGGUGACAAUUGGAGUUAAUUAAACCAAAGAGAACUCUUGAUGAUGAAGAUUCUUGUUCUUCAUCCAGACUUAGGCAUUGGCGGCGCCGAGCGGUUGGUAGUGGACGCGGCUCUGGCCAUGAAGUCAUUGUCUCAUGAGAUACAUAUCGUGACCACACAUCACGACCAGAAUCACUGCUUUGAAGAGACAAGAAAUGGUACUCUGAAGGUGACAGUAGUGGCCGAUUGGAUGCCGCGUUCAAUAUUUAAUAAGUGUUACGCUUUGUGCGCGUAUUUCCGUAUGAUUAUUGCCGCCAUUUAUGUGGUAUUCUUCUCGAAACUCGAGUUUGAUCUCAUAUUUUGCGACCAAAUCUCUGCGUGUAUUCCUUUCAUACGAAUAUCCAAAAAGAAAAUUGUAUUUUACUGUCACUUUCCGGAUCAGUUACUUACUGACCGAAAAACAUUCCUUAAAAAACUAUACAGAUAUCCAAUAGAUUGGUUCGAGGAGUGGACAACAGGUUUGGCCGACACUAUUGUCGUGAACUCUAAAUUUACGGCUCAAGUCUUUAGGCAGACGUUUACACGUUUGUCACAUAAAGAUAUAAAAGUUAUCUAUCCUUCACUUCACUUCACGACAUUUGAUCGUAAACUUGAAGGAGAUCUCAAUGAUCUUAAACUCAAAGAUAUAGCAACUGUUUUCUUAUCGAUCAAUCGAUACGAGCGCAAGAAAAACAUAGGUCUGGCCAUUGAGGCGCUUAAAGAGCUUUACGAUGAUAUGAUUUCAACUAACCCUAACUUAAAAAAGACGGUACACUUAAUAAUUGUCGGCGGAUUUGAUCCGUUAGUUCAAGAGAAUCGACAAUAUUAUGAUGAACUCCAUGAUAAAGCAAUGAAAUUGGGAAUUGAAGACAAGAUUUCAUUUUUGAAGUCACCAUCAGAUGAUAAAAAGCAACUUCUUCUCCAUAGUUGUACAGCAGUUCUGUAUACCCCUGAUAACGAACACUUUGGUAUCGUUCCACUGGAAGCCAUGUAUAUGAAUCGACCAGUAAUAGCUAUCAAUAGCGGUGGUCCGCGGGAGACAGUCAUUGACAAUGAGACCGGAUUUCUUUGUAAACCUGAACCUAAAGAUUUUGCUAAAGCAAUGAAAAAGUUUGUCGACGACCGAAGUCUGGCCCGAGAGAUGGGUAUUGCUGGACACGAACACGUCGUCAAGAGUUUCUCGUACGACAAGUUUGUACAACAGUUCAAAAAUUUAAUCAAUGAAUUACAUAUCCAAUGAUUGAAUUAUUUUUUGCAAAUAUAAAUUUUAUAAAAAUUGGCUUAAAUAUGAAUUUUUUUAUUAUUAUUUUAAUAUAACUAAACAUAUUUUACA